AUGACGAUGAUGAUGAUGGUGGUGGUGACGGAGCUGGUGGUGGCGGUGACGGUGGCUAAGGGAGUGUUCAGGCUUGAGGCUUGUGUGGGAAAAGUAAUAAACUUCACCGGAUUGACCAAAGACCUGACCAGCGCCAUUGAAAAUAUCACCGGAUUGACUAAAGAUUUAAACAAUGCCAGUGAAAAUAUUACCACAUUCACUAAAUAUGUUAACAGUUUGACUGACAAUCUAAGCAACGGUUAUGAAAAUAUCGCCAGUUUGACUGACAAUAUCACUGGUUUGACUGAAGAUCUGAACAGCGCCAAUGAAAAUAUCACUGGUUUGACUGAAGAUUUGAGAAACGUCCAUGACAAUAUCAUAAGUUUGACUGAAUAUCUGAGCAACGCUAAUGAAAAUAUCGCCAGUUUGAUUGAACAUAUCACCGGUUUGACUAAAGACCUGACCAGCGCCAACGAAAAUAUCACCGGAUUGACUAAAGAUUUGAAGAACGUCAGUGAAAAUAUCACCGGAUUGACUAAAGAUUUGAACAACACCGAUGAAAAUAUCACCAGUUUGACUAAUGAUUUGAACAACGCCAAUGAAAAUAUCACUAGUUUGACUAAAGAUUUGAACAACGCCUAUGAAAAUAUCAUAAGUUUGAAUGAAGAUCUGAACAACGCCAAUGGUAAUAUCACUGGUUUGACUGAAGAUCUGAACAAUGGCAACGGAAAUAUCACUAGUUUGACUGAAGAUCUGAAAAACGCCAAUGCAAAUAUCACCAGUUUGACCGAACACUUGAACAUCGCCAAUGACAGUAUCACCAGUUUGAAUAAAGACGUGACCAACGCCAAUGAAAAUAUCACCGGUUUGUCUGAAAAUAUCACCGUUUUGAUGGAAGAUCUGAACAAUACCAAUGACAGUAUCACCAGUUUGACUGAAGAUCUGAACAAUGCUAAUGACAAUAUCACCAGUUUGACUGAAAAUAUCACCAGUUUGACUAAAGACCUGAACAGCGCCAGUGAAAAUAUAACUGGUUUGAUUGAAACUAUUUCCAGCAUGACUGAAGAUUUGAACAACGCUAAUGAUAAUAUCACCAGUUUGACUGAAAAUCUGAACAACGCUAAUGACAAUAACACCAAUUUGACUAAAAAUCUGAACAAUGCUAAUGAUAAUAUCACCAGUAUGACUGAAAAUCUGAACAACGCUAAUGAUAAUAUCACCAGUUUGACUGAAAAUCUGAACAACGCUAAUGACAAUAUCACCAGUUUGACUGAAAAUCUGAACAACGCUAAUGACAAUAACACCAAUUUGACUAAAAAUCUGAACAAUGCUAAUGAUAAUAUCACCAGUAUGACUGAAAAUCUGAACAACGCUAAUGAUAAUAUCACCAGUUUGACUGAAAAUCUGAACAACGCUAAUGAUAAUAUCACCAGUUUGACUGAAGAUCUGAACAACGCUAAUGAUAAUAUCACCAGUUUGACUGAAAACCUGAACAACGCUAAUGACAAUAAUACCAAUUUGACUAAAAAUCUGAACAACGCUAAUGAUAAUAUCACCAGUUUGACUGAAAAUCUGAACAACGCUCAUGAAAAUAUCGACACUUUGACUGAUACUAUCACCAGUUUGACUAAAUAUUUGAACAACGCCAAUGAGAAUUUCACCAGUUUGACUGAAAAUCUGAACAACGCCAAUGCAAAUAUCACAAGUUUGACCGAACACUUGAACAUCGCCAAUGACAGUAUCACCAGUUUGAAUAAAGACGUGACCAACGCCAAUGAAAAUAUCACCGGUUUGUCUGAAAAUAUCACCGUUUUGAUGGAAGAUCUGAACAAUACCAAUGACAGUAUCACCAGUUUGACUGAAGAUCUGAACAAUGCUAAUGACAAUAUCACCAGUUUGACUGAAAAUAUCACCAGUUUGACUAAAGACCUGAACAGCGCCAGUGAAAAUAUAACUGGUUUGAUUUAA